ACAUCGCACCGUUAAUAUCGAUAUCGAUAUCAUAGGUAGUCAAAUAAGUAAUCAACGAAAACAACGACUUGUCAUCCCAGCAAUCCCCCAACCCGACGCAGCCAGCCACCAUGUCGCCGCAGUACAAGCCCGGCCAGACCGUCCGCUACAAGCCCGUCGGCGGCCCCGACUCCAACACCCCGGAGAGCACGGGCAAGAUCACCGACGUGAUCACCGAGCCCGGCGUCCAGGCCGAUCGCAACGUCCAGGCCAGCUCUGACGAUCCGCGCUACGAGAUCCAGAACGACAACACGGGCAAACUCACAUCCGUGUACGAGAAGAACAUCCUCGGUCCUGCUCAGGCGAACGCGUCGGCUUGAGAUGGUGAGGGUUCUGUCUGCGGUUUUGGGAUGGAUGUUGAAGAAUACGGGAUUCUAUUUGCAACUUAGUUGCUGGAUAAAGCCGGAUAGUGUCUGGUGGGUUUGAGUGUUGCUACUAUUGGCGAUCAAGACUGCUAUAUAACAAUAAAUACGAAUUUCAACGUGGAAAGCUAGUUGUCUCCGUAAAUGACCUUCGGUGUGAUCUUACC